AGCAGUGAAGUGCCAACACAGUGACACGUGGAUAUUAUCUUCUCGGCUUCUCUCUCUCUCCCCCGACCGGUAGUGAAGACAUUGACCAUGAUGUUUCGCCAUAUUCGCGGAGCCUAAGUGUGCUCUCGGUGUUCUACUAUGUGCGACUGCGUCUCGUCGGCUACUCUGCCAUCGUUCCUCUCCAGGAACCGCGAGCUAGCCUCGGCCGCCUCCCAUCCGACGCGGAGAGCAGGACAAUUCGUGGCCCGCCGUUCUCUUAGCUUAAGGUACCCACCGUAUUCUGGGCAUUCGACGGCGAAGUUAGCCGACGGUGCCUCCGGGAGGGGCGCCAACUUCGAUUCCCGGGGUCGCGAGUCCUGCAGCCAACUAGGGUUCAAGGAUGACGGGGAUUCCCGGCACUUCGAACUGGAGACGGAUCGAAGCAGCGACGCGGAAUCGAAAGAGGGAAGUGGAAUCGGCAGGAGCAAUGCGGCGGAAGGCGGAAACUUGGGUGCCGAAACGCCGGCGGUGUCCGAUGGGGAAGAGGGGGAGGUGCGUCGAAGUGAAGGCGGCGAUGCCAGUCUCGAACUGAGGAGGGAAGAGGAACCGGAGAGUAAAUUGAGGGUGAGGUGUGGGCGACAGGUGAUGAGGCGAUCGAGUAUGGUGGCGAAGCAAGUGAUCAGCAUCGAAUCGGCUCUUAGCUUGGGGUUCGUCUCUCAGCUCUGGGUGGAUACCGCCGCGUGGAAUGUCGUGAUUGUGGAAGUGAGACCAAAUUUGCUUUCUGGUGAUUCAGAGAGAUUUCUUCUCGAAGACGUCUGCCAGGUCGGUGAUGUCGUGCUUGUUGAGAAUGAGAGGGUAAUGGAGAAUGAGUUGAAAAUGGUGGGGCUGGAGACAUUGGUGGGGUAUGAAGUUGUAAUUCCCGGCAGAAGAAGUAUUGGCAAGGUCAGAGGUUAUACGUUUAAUGUUAAUUCAGGGGCUCUCGAGUCCCUUCAGCUUGAUUCAUUUGGUAUCUCACUCAUUCCAUCUAAUUUGGUGAGUACUUAUGCUUUGUUUGUGGAGGAUGUGCUAGAAGUUGCAUCGGAUAAAGUAUUUGUGCAUGAAGCUGCAGCAGGGCACUUACAGAGGCUAACAAAGGGUUGGUGGGGUGCCCAGAACGUUGGGAAAUCCUCGAACGAAGUCGAAGAAUAUUACGGUUUUGAAGAGGCUGAUAGAUUAGCUAGCGGCAGCCGCACAAGAAGAGAAUCCGGGCACAGGAGAUCCCGGCCUAAAGCGAGGGAAAAUCAGGAUGACUUGGACCUUCCGAUGGACUUUUUAUGACCCUCGAGCCUGCACACCAUCCCGGCUUUGAGCGUGCCACCAUUACUCUGUAGAGGGCCCUUGCAUGGGUCUUGAACGUUGCAUCAACCUUCCAGCGUGAGGACAUCUUUCUCAUUAGUCAUUCCCCCGUGCUCUUUCCCUUCUCUAUAGGAUGAGCCAGUUGAUGUUCAUAAAAGGCGUAGUUGUCCAUAGAAGGGCUCUUUGCCGGAGCUCAAUACCCGUCGAUUGGCGUGAAGAGCCCACAAAAGCCUUUUCUGUCAAGUGCUGUAGUGAUCUCAUCGGAGCAUCGGGGCAGAUCUCAACAAACAGCAGCAAAUUGGAUGCAGAUUUGGAUGUGCAAAAGGAGGCCAAAAGAAUAAGCGAUUAGAGAAUGAUUUGGUAGCUUUUUCGUGUCUUUGCUUCAAUACAUUGAGGAUUCUUUAUGGUUGAGCAAUGUAUAAAUCCUUUUAAUGCU